GCCGGGUGACGUCACCCCAUGAGUGCUGCCUUCAAGCACUCCAAGUAACUUCCGACCUCUCAUGUCCAUAAGGUUGAGGAUGAGAUAGAAGGGUUGUAAAUGGCUUUAGAAGGUUGCAUUAAUUGAGAAAAACAUCAGCGGAAGCAUUUGUGGUGACACAUCGAGGAUUAGUGUCACAUUUCAGGGACACGUGUGAAGAUUAAAUGCAUGUUUUGAGUUGAUGCUUCCCCAUCUAGGUCAGGUGCUUUCCAAAAGUAGCUUUGGAGUAGCUACUAAAGGAAGUGAGAUUAGCCACUGAGACUUUUCCCGCUUGUAAUUAACGACAUUUUAUGCUGAAGUGUGUUAAACUAGACUAUUAUAAUGAUAUAGGAAAAGGGCAGCGCAGUGGUGGCAGGAAAAGAGUUAAAGUGCCCAUAUCUUAUGCAGCAUUUCCGACGGCACUUGAACAGCAGCAGCAGCAGCAGCAGUAUUCAGCCACAGCUGAGCGGUGAGCGGGGCUGCCGGCCCGCGUCUGCAAGGCCCCCACUGCGCAUCAAAGACUGAUGAGACAAACAGAAGAAGCGCUGCGGUCUCCUCAACCAGCUGCUGCUCAGUUCAUGGCUUCAGGUCUGAACGCUCGGAUGCGGUUUCCUUCAUAUCUGCAGACGGUUCAAGGAGGAGCAGGUGCGCCGCCGGGAUUUUCUCCUUAAGUGAUUUGUCUCAAAGGGUUACACACUUGGUGUGGUGGGGGAGUGGGGGAGGCAGCGCCGCUGUUGUUUGUUGUCACUUCCGGGCGAGCCGUGGGUGAAUUAGCCGACCACAUCGCCGGUGAAGAGGAAGAAGAAGGAGGAGGAGAAGUUCAUCAGCAUCGAUGCUUCGCGCGGGCAGGAUGGAGGAGUUUGUCACGGAGGAAGAGGAGCCCUGGUACGACCAGCGGGACCUGGAGCAAGACCUGCACUUGGCAGCGGAGCUCGGCAAGACUCUCCUGGAACGCAACAAGGAGCUGGAGGACUCCCUUCAACAGAUGUACAUCAACAAUGAGGAGCAAGUGCAAGAGAUAGAGUACCUGUCCAAGCAGCUGGAGAUGUUGAGGGAGAUGAACGAGCAGCACGCAAAGGUGUACGAACAGCUGGAUGUGACGGCCAGAGAGCUGGAGAUCACCAACGAGAAACUGGUGCUGGAGAGCAAAGCCUCGCAGCAGAAGAUAGACAGGUUGACGGGAACCAUGGAGACUCUGCAGGGUCAGGUGGACUGUCUGACGGCUCGGGUGGAGGAGCUGCGAACACUGGAGGAGCUGAGGGUGCGCAGAGAGAAGAAGGAGCGGCGCAAGACCGUCCACUCCUUCCCCUGCCUCAAAGAGCUCUGCACUGCGCCCAGGUAUGAGGAUGGUUUCCUGCUGGCCAACCCGGGCAGUGUUGACCUGGCUGAGAGACGACCGGUGGAUGAAGAGAACGAGCGCCUGAGGGACAUCGUCUCGUCCCUGCGCUCAGCCAUGGCCAUGGAGCGGUCCAAGAGGGAGGGUGCCGAGCGGGAGUGUGCCGCUGUGCUGCAAGAGUUUGAGCGUCUAGAACAGCGUCUCUUAGGAGCAGAGGGCUGCCAGCUGCGGGUCCAGGAGCUCGAGGCCGAGCUCCAGGAGAUGCAUCAGCUGAGGAAGUCCAGGAUGUGUCUGAUGGGGGGCAUGGAAGACGGCCUAGAGACGCUUCUCAACCACGGUCCUGAGACAGACACCCCUGAGGUGGGCCUGGGGCUGGAGGAGGGUGGUGAAGGAGGUGCUGGAGAGGCGGGUGGUGCGGGGCAGCAGGGAGGCCCUGUGAGGAAAAGCUGCAGCGACACAGCCCUGAAUGCAAUCUCGGCUCGUGAUGCCUCAGGCAGACGUCAGGGCAGUUACGCCCUCCAUGCCAACGGCGUGCGCAAACGGGGCAUGUCCAUCCUGAGGGAGGUGGACGAGCAGUACCACGCCCUGCUGGAGAAGUACGAGGAGCUGCUGGGGAAGUGCCGGCGUCACGAGGAGAGCCUGUGUCACGCCGGGGUGCAGACCUCGCGGCCCGUCUCCAGGGACCCCUCCAUGAAGGAGUACAGCAUGAUCUCUGCAGGGCCUUCGACGUCGGGGGCCGUCGCCACGCCUCCCACGCCCCCUCAAACUCCCUCCACCCCGGAGGCCCUGGAGGGGAUCAGCAGGCAGGUGGAGCAGGUGGACAAACGGCUCAGCCAGAACACACCAGAGUACAAGGCGCUGUUCAAAGAGAUCUUCUCCCGCUUGCAGAAGACCAAGAGCGACAUGAACUCCACCAAGAGCAGAAAGACUAACAAAUGAGCUGGAGCUCGUUGUAACAGCGACUGACCCCACAAGCACUGAAUACAGUGAUUAUACAAAGCUUAUUUAUCUUAAUUUACCUGACUGUUUUGAGGGCUUCUUGUUUAACAUUUGCCCAGGACUGCAAGGGUGGACGCCUGUAGUCAUGCAGUUGGAUGAAUGAUGCAUACUGUUAGCAGGGGGCUCCUCUAUUUGCUCUCUCGGAGGGAAGCUGAUUUGAAGCUGCCAAACGGAUGAAAUAUCAUCGUGUCUGUGGAUGAAAUGCCUUUUCUGAGAGACUGUAACUGACAAAUAAUCAAACCUGAAGGUCUUUUCUCUGUCUAAGGACAAUCUAGUACGUGAUGUAAUAUUUAUAACUGAGGUGUACUGAUGCAGAAACGAUUUAACUAUUGCCAUCAACUUUAUUUAUUGAAAAUAAUUAAGCCAAAUGAUUAAUAUCUAAAAGAGAAAAAAAACAGCCAUUGGCUUUGAAACUACUUAAAACAUUUGAAGCAUGUAUCUGUCUAAUAAACACUAAGUGCUAGAUUGGUCUUUAAAAGCAGGUAGAAAUGAAUUACAUGCUUUGGACCAGUUUGAGGUGCUGAAAAAUUUGGCACAGUGAUACUUAGACUGUGUGUGUGUGUGUGUGUGUAUUCUGAGUCGGUUGGACGGUACAAAUCCUUCCAGACAGCUGCCAAAGUGUUCUGUACAUAAGUGUUUGAUGUUUGCUUACAUGGUGGUGUAUUAUGGUGAAGGAGAUGACGCCUGAACGGGUGAAGACGCCUCUGGCGUUUUUCAAGUCAUGCAUUAGACGCUACAGGGGCCGAACCACCUAUGUCUUUUGUUUCAGGGAUUCGUUUGAUCAUUUCAUAAAUGACAAAAUAAUCAGUUCUAACACUAUGCUAUGGCAUUGUCAAAGUUGUCCUUGUAGUAGUCCAUUUAAAAUGUUUUCUGUUGAUUAAAUUAAGAUAUGUAUGCAUCAUUCUAUAUAUAUAUUUUUUUUUUUUGCAUUAAGUGCUCAGGGAGGCAACAACUCGAAACCUACCUUAGUUAUAACUGAUGAAUAAAACAACAGGACACGCUGAGGCCCAGUCUGAACACUUUAAUGUGAACACAGGAUAUCAGUAAACUGUAGGUAAUACAAGUAGCACACAUUGAGUCAAACCCAACCCACAGAGAAAAACAUCAGUCCGUAACACAUGAGAGCUGAAUGAAGCUGCAGGAACAGACAUCAUUUACAUAAUUGUGGAGUGUAUAAAAAACAAAACAAACACUUUUUAGAUAACAUGGUGUGUUAAUCAACAGUGUCUGGUUGGGGACUGAUGUCUCUGCACUGGUUCGGAAGUCAAUUACAGACAACGUUUCACCUCACUGAUGCUGAGCACAGAGUGCUGCCAAGUCAGCAGGAGCAGCAUGUGGUCGUAAGAGACUGUAGGCACAGUGAGCAUUGGUAAUUGAAUAACUAGAGAAAUACAAGGUGAGCGGUUUAACAGUCCCUGUGAUCGACUCAGGAAGGAACUAAGGUAACACCUCUGGACGCACUGGCAGUAUGGCCUCAGGUGCUAGAGAAGAGACUGGGUGAUACAAUCGCAUUAAUACGAUCUGGGCUGCUAUUUAGAGUUACUGUAAAUGACCUAAACUUAAAAGUUAAUUUGACUGAUAUUUAGAAAACUACUGAAAUGAAAACUUUGUAAAUGAUCAAGGUUUGUAAAUAUAGCUAACAUGAUUGACAUCUAUGUGUAAUGGCUUUUACAAAUCAUCAAACCUGAAAUAAAGGCGAUAAAAAGUCCUUAGUCCUGAUUCCCUGCCCUUAUAUUACAAGUAUUGUUAAAAACAGGCUCACAUGAUGGUCUGGCAAAUAUAAUCUGAAGGCAAAUGGCUCAUCUAGGUUUUCUAUUUCUUCCUAGGGGUUCUUGUUAAGGCCACAUGGCUGCUAAAAUAACAGCCAAAAUACCCUGAUCAGUAGAGGAACAGCUGUACCUAAAGCAAGGGGUUGUAAGGGGUUAGAGGUAAUUAUGUUUCCCCUGCUCUCUCAGCAGACUUUUCAGGGUGCUAAACUAUUUGAAAAAGGCAUGGCCUGAAUUCCGAAUAAUUUACCAAGACCCUGGAACAAAUAAUCUGCUCAAAGGCUUUAGGAGGACUGCGUCCAAAAGUUGUGUCCAGCAAUGAUUGCUCAAUGACCGUACAGUGGCCACGUACAUACAGCACUACUGCUUCCUGUACUAUGCUUUCCAAGGCAGAUCGUGGUAAUCAUACAAAACAAUCUGAAAAACAGAGAAGAAAGAAAAAGGGAGAGGAAAAGACAGCAGCGAGGGGCAAAGGAAAUCACGUAGUUCAUCACUUUUCCAAGAGCAGUUCACAAAUAAUAUUUUUUACAGAUUUUUUCUUUUAUAAACAAACUAUAACUGCAAAAUCUGGAUUGUGCACAUUGUUUGCUUUCUCCAUUUUUAAAGAUUUAAUACUUAAUAGAAGAGUCAGGUUGGGUGCAAACAAAGCGUUACUAUGGGAGGAAUGAUGAAGUGAUUGGAAUUUAGAAAAGGGAAACGAAACUGUAAGAGCGAGAGGAAAGGGGGUCAAUGGACGGAGAGAGCAAAAGCUUAAAUCGACGCAUAAUCCAGAGAUGGAUCCAGGCAGAGAAAAAAACGGAAUGACA